AUGGUACGGACCUUCACAACUGCCUUUUUCGUGGCGGGCAUUACAGCCAGCACCCAACCAGAUCAACUGACUCGCCUAAUCAACGACAAUGGGAAGACGAGCAAACUGGGAAGGUACGACAAGAAGGACGUCACGGCCACACUGCCCCUUGGUCGGCACUGGAACGAGUUCAAGUGGUUUUCGGUGUACUGCGUCGACGCCAAGCAGAGCUACGCUGAAAUCGCUAUCAACCAGGCGGUGGCUGAGAAGCUACCACUGCACGAUCCCAAGACUGUCGUACCCAUGCCUUCGAUGGAGUCAACGGACAAUGCAGGUGCGACCUUCGCUCCAUUCUCAGCACUGUGGGUGUUUACUCUGAUUUCGGUCACAUUGGCGACAGCUUUCGCCAUUCGGCGAUGCCUUGAAAGCGAUAAUCGCAUCAAGACAUGCUGAAACCGGCUCCUUCCUAUUUUGAAGCUUCGCAGGCUUUCCGCCGUGUGUCCUGUGCUCGCAGCUCUUCAUGUUCGGCAGCCAAGUGCUGGACCUGUCUUUUCGGCGCCAUAUGUGUGGCCUACACAGCGCAAAGUAUACAAUGAUCUGUUGCUACAAAAUAAAGAAC